AGCAGUGCUUCUGUCUGAGUGAGUAUCAUAUCUGGAAAUGGAAACCAGGAUUCAGUCCUCAAGAUCCAAAGACUCAUUUCACAAUCUGAAGCAGCAUUCACACUCUUCUGCUGGGAUUGGACUCUUCUGGAAACUGGACGUCAGAGAAAUGCUGUUCAUCUUUGGACUGCUGCUGCUGCUGAUACCAACUCAUACAUGUGUGGAGAUGUUCUGCAGGUUUAAUCAGACAGAUCCCUGUUACACAUCUCUGGGACACAAACUCUAUCUGCAGAUGGUGAUGGACGCUCGUAAUGUUGAGCUGCGUUUUAAAAAGGGGACGGACAGUACGGCAGAUGCUAUUUUUAGAGUAAAGAAUAACAAGAUAAUGGAAUUUAAGGAAUAUGAAUCCAUUAGAAACAGAUCUGAGUUCAUCUUUAAUAAUGGGACUCUGAUUUUAAACAGUGUGAUCAGAUCAGAUUCAGGGACAUACAGAUUAGAGAUUUAUAACUCUGAUGGCACACACACACACACAAACAAUCUUCAAGUGAUUGUUGAAGCUCCUAUUGGCUCAGUGGAAGUGUCAAUCAAUUGCUCGUCCAGUGGGGAGAAGCGGGUGUCCUGCUCCUCUGAGGGGGAUCAGCUCAUCUUCAACUGGACUCUGAAUGGACAAGAACUGGAGGAUGGAAAUAACACCAUUCAUCUGGAUGAGGAAAUUUCUGGAAGCAUCACCUGCACUGUGAAGAACCACAUCAGUCAUGGACAGUAUACCACUAGAGUAAACCGAUGUGCUGGAACAACUACUGCAACUGUGACCUCACAUCUGACCUCUACAGUGAACGACAGCACACAGACAUCAGGACAUGUUGUAUCAGUUGUUGUAGCUCUGGGAUCUGGUACUGUAAUCCUUAUUCUGCUGGUCAUCACAGUAUAUCACAUUUAUAAGAAGAGAAAACAGUUUAAACCGACUGCAGAGGUUGGUGAUGAUACAGAACUUGUGUACGCUCACAUCACUCAUAAGAAACUCAAAAGAAAGGAUGAACACAAGAGAUCAGAGUUGACUCCGACUGGAGAUGUAGAAUAUGCUACAAUAAAUCAUCAGACAAAGAUGAAGAUGAUGGAAGAGGUUUAGUAUGAUGUUCAUCCCUACUAGAAAAGUGAUGAAGAUACAUGGAUGAGUGAAGAAACAUUUAAAAAGAAAACCUCUAGACUGAAGAGAGUGGACAGUAAGGUAGAUCUCCAGGAGCAGUAUUGUUUACUCUGGUUUAACUCCAAAUAACUCCAUUAAAUAUUUCUGACUGCUAAUAUAAAAUUUGAUUAUACAGAGGCAUAAAAUACACAAUUUUGAUGUAUUCAGUGUAUUUGUAUUUACAUUUUUUCUGCUGUUCAUGAAAAUUGUUUAGUGAUGGUUAGUUGUUGUUAUUGUUUUGUUGUUGUUGUUUUUUAGUUUAUUAAUAUUUUCUUUGAGUGCUGUGUUUGUUUUGACUCUCCUUGGCUGAAGUGGAGCACCUGUUCAUUAUUCCUUAAUAAUAAUUAAAAGAGAUCUGGUAACAUUAGAUCUGUUAGCUUUCCUGAUAUAAAGUAAAUAAUAAAGUAUUGUCUGUGUAGUAUUUUUAUGUAUAUUAAAAUGGUAACAUAUUCUUA